AUGGAAUCGGCGCCGCGCAGUUUGCUGAGCGCAUUGACCACCUGGAAUUGCUGGGGCGUGCCCUUUGCCUCUCCCCUACUCUUCCACCGCUUCGGGCGGUGGCGGGCCUUCCAUGACCAGCAGCUCUUGAAGUUUCUCAGCGAGCAUGGAAAAGACGCUGGGGAGGAGUCCUGCCUGCUGGUCUGCUGCUUCCAGGAGAUCUGGAGCUUCCCCAGGGGUCCGCUGAUGGAAUGCACGGCCUGGCGGGACCCUGCCAGGGUCACCGCAGGCUGGGAGCGAUUCGUGCUUGUCCUUGGUAUUCUCUGCCGCCCGCUUUCCUGCUGCAUCUGGGAUGCCGCUCAGAAGCUCUUCGACAAGUGGGAGGUUGGUGCUCAACGGAUUCAGUAUGCCUCUGUGGUGGGCAACAGAGGAAUGUCCUUGGCCUGGAACUCCUUGGUGGACUCUGGGCUCUGCAUCUUAGCGACCCGUUCGCCCUCUGAGAAGGGCUUCCGCGCCUAUCGAAAUUGGCCAGAUGGGUGGCAUGAGGAGCGGUUGGCCAACAAGGGCGUUCUCUGGGCCUUCUGGGGUGGGCCCCAACAAGGGAUGCUGGUUUUGAACACCCAUUUAACCACGAGAGCGGCAGUAAAGCGAAAACAGCUGGAGGAACUGUCCUGGCUUUUUGCAGAACUGCGCAGCAAGUUCCUCGCGGUCUCAACCGUACUGGAGGUUUACAUCUGUGGGGACUUCAACAUGGAUUCUCGCAGAGACGAUUGCUUCAAAGCGUGGUAUGAGGAGCUCGAUCUGCAGCUGUUGACCACACAGAAGCCGACAUGUGGAGGGGGGGGAGCUGCUUUGGACCACGUCUUCCUCUGGCGCUCGGAUCGUGAGAAGAUCGCGACGGAGGUCUCUGAUCCGAUAAAGCCCUGGGUUGGCGACUUCUGCCGGCAGGCGAGAGAUGAUCUAUCAGAUCACUGCUGGCAGGGGCUCUUCGUGCCAUAA